AAUGAAAUAGUAAAAAGAGGGAGAUUCUGGGAGAAAGGAAAGGAGAGAGAGGCUGAAAGCAUUCCCAAGGAAGCGAUUCCUUUGCUAGUGUCCUAUCGCGAAGACCAAGAACAAACAAAGAGGAUCAGAAUGAAGUUUAUUAUUGGAAUAGGGGGUGUGACCAAUGGAGGAAAGACAACUUUGACUGGAAGACUCAUAAAGAACCUACCAAACUGUUGUGUGGUUCAUCAAGAUGAUUUUUUCAAGCCCCAAGAUCAAAUAGAGCUCGGGGAGGACGGCUUUAGACAAUGGGAUGUCAUUACCGCCUUAGACAUGGACGCCAUGGUGAACACUGUUAAAGGAUGGAUGGAGAACCCGGUGAAGUUUGCACGAUCCCAUGGCGUGAGCGUUUCCACCACAUCUGACCCUGAUAGUGACAUCCACAUACUCAUUGUGGAGGGAUUUCUGCUUUAUAACUACAAGCCUUUAAUUGACGUCUAUAACAAGUGCUUCUACGUCACCAUUCCAUAUGAAGAGUGCAAAAGGAGAAGAAGUACGAGAACGUACACCGUUCCUGACCCACCCGGUCUGUUUGACGGCCAUGUUUGGCCAAUGUACUUGAAACACAGGACAGAAAUGGAGAACAGCAGCUUGGAUAUCCAAUAUCUGGACGGCAUGAGCUCUAAGGACGAGCUCUAUAACCAACUUUAUGAAGACAUUCAGAACUCUCUGUUGAACAUCUUAUAGCAUCUCCAAUCGGAUUGAAGAUGUGUUUGUGUAUAGAACUGUAAAUAGGAUCUUAAGUAGAUUCGGCUUCUGCCACUGGAUGAACUUUGUAAAUACGAUGAAGUACUAACUUAUUUGAAAACUUGUGGCUAGUGCCUUUGAUUUUAUAUUGCUCUGUGUAACUUUUGUUUUAUUUAAAAUCACGCCUCACUCUCUGGGCUGAUCAGAGAUGUACAGUUUUCAUGUAUACUGUAAUUGAAGAACUUCAAUCAAAACACACAUUUGAACUCUUUAUCUGUUGUGUUUUCAUUCUUAGCAUUGAGACGUGCAUGCAUUUAAACCAUCUUGUGCAUGUUUAUGGAUUAUGAUGAAGGAAUAUAAUAAAAAUAUAAAAUAAAUAACACAUAACUCAAGAAAUAAAUAUGAAUGUAUUGGGCAAGAUAUAACAUAUAUACAUUUUAAUUAAAACAUUUCACAGAGUUUAAGUAAAUACUGUAAAAUUCCAGGGCUUUUAAUGUAAAGAUUGUUCAUUUACAUGAAAAUGCAUUAGAUAUUAUGUAUGCGCUUUCAUUCUCAGCAUUAAAACAUGCAUGUUAUUUUAAAAAACAUGCAAAUAUUUCC